CAUCUCAAUCCCGCGCGUCUUAAUCCCGCGCAUCUCAAUCCCGCGCAUCUCAACCCAGCACAAUCUGGCGCAUGUUGUGAUUUGCUUUAAAAUCUAUUAUUUUCUAGGUCACAGUCUUCUUGACGAAGCUCAAACCCGGCCAAAGCAGGGACGCCUGGUACAAACUGGUCCCGAUGCCACACAUAAAAGAACAUAAGACGGAAAAUCUGGGCAGCAUCCGAAUGAAACUGCGUUUGACACAAGAACGCAUCCUUCCCCAGAAAUGUUAUCAGUCUCUGGUAGAGAUUCUUGUCAACUCCACAAAGGACCCGCAGAGCCUGGAUCCCACUGUGCUGAGCUUAAUUGAACAGCUGACCACUGCUGACCAAGCAAUACUGGCUCACCAGCUGGUUCGGCUGUUUAUUGGCCAGGACGUGGUCAUACCAUUUCUGGAUUAUCUGACACUUCGGGAGAUAAAGGACACAAGUAAUCCAAGAACUCUGUUUAGAGGCAACAGCCUGGCAGCGAAAUGCAUGGAACAAUUUAUGAAGAUUGUAGGCAUGCCAUACCUUUCAGACACAUUAAAGCCGGUCAUUGACAAAAUUUUUGAAGAACGUAAAUACUGCGAGCUGGACCCAAGUAAAAACGCCGAGCGCAAACAGAGCGCUCUCAGGCGUCUGAGUCUAAAGCCAGUUGAUGAACAGGACAGAAGCCUGGCAGUUCUGACUGGUUACUUAGAAACCGUCAUGACGUCAAUCUUGGGCUCAAUCAAGGAGUGUCCAAGCUACAUGCGUGCAGCCUUCAGAAAUCUCGCUCGACGAGUCUCCGAUCACUUUGGAGAUGAACCUGAAUACGAGGAUUCUAAAUACACAGCAGUGAGUGGUUUCCUGUUUCUCCGGUUCUUCGCGCCAGCAAUUCUCGGACCCAAGCUCUUCGGUUUGAGGGAAAACCAUGCAGACAAGAAUGUCUCCCGUACACUAACCAUCUUGGCAAAGACUGUGCAGAAGAUUGGCAACAUUGAGCUCCCUCUGCAUAACGGGAAGGAAGAGUGGAUGGGACCGCUGUACAAGUGGAUCGCAUUCUACACAGACGAAGUCAAGGACUUUCUGGACAGGCUUGCUGACGUGGAGGAUGAAGAUGUUCCAGGUUGUGACCACAGGAGGACGGUGUUCAGUAACUCUCUCAUUAUCAAGGAAGGUUCCGUUAAGAAGUGCCGCUACAGGGACACCAGGCUACCAAAACCAUACAAGUUUAAAAAGCGCUACUGUUGGCUGAGUACUGAGAAUUUCCUUUACGCCAAAACAAAUGAUUCACAGACAAGACAGUUUCUCCCAACAAGGAAAAUCUUAGCAGUUGAGCGGGUUGAUGAGUCAGCAUUUCAAAAGCCAAACGUGUUUCAAGUGGUGAGCAAAGAUUACGACGACGCAUUACAGAUCCUUUAUCUUGCUGCUCAGGAUGUGAAUGAGAUGAAUCAGUGGCUAUCAGCGAUUAGGAAGACGACCAUUUCCAAUCCAAAAAUGUUAUCUUACUUCCACCCCGGAGUCUUCCACAAAAACAAAUGGACAUGCUGCAAACGGGUAAUCAAAACAGCUGGUGGCUGCCAGUUAACCCACACACACGUGACCUUGAGUGAUUGGCGAGAUCCACUCGACCCAGACUCCGAAGCACAGAUGAUUUUCACGCAGCUUCUUCAGAGUCGUGACGAACUCCGAAAGAAAUUCCUGGGAACGAAAGAACUUCAAAAAGAUUCUCAAGAUUCCAGCGACACGGUAAAGGACCAACAGACGCCUGUAAAGAACGCUCAAACAUCUACAGUAACAACUGAAGAAACGGUGGCCACGAAACUGUUGGAAGUGAUUGACGAACUCGAGAAAGCCCACGAAGCCAUCGACGAGAAGGCGAUAAUGAAAUCAUAGAAUUAUAUUAAUUACAAAAUUAAGGAAUUACGCAGAGCAUAUUUUUAUAUUUGGAUGAUUGCAAACGAUUA